AUGAUGUUCCGUAGCAAAUUACAACAGAGUGAUCCACAAUUAGAGCCAAAGAAAUACAAACCGUACAGCCCGUUCCAGAACACCGAAAACAAGUCACAGUAUGUGGUGGCUCGUUUGGAUGAUCUGAACUCGUUAUGGCCUUUAACCUUUGGGCUGGCUUGCUGUGCCGUUGAAAUGAUGCACAUCGCUGGUCCGCGUUACGACAUGGACCGUUUCGGAGUUGUGUUUCGAGCAAGCCCCCGUCAAGCGGAUGUCAUCAUUGUUGCCGGCACACUCACCAACAAAAUGGCCCCUGCUCUGCGUCGGAUCUAUGAUCAAAUGACAUCCCCCAAGUGGACUAUUUCGAUGGGCUCUUGUGCGAAUGGUGGUGGCUAUUACUUUUACUCCUACAGUGUUGUACGAGGAUGCGACCGAGUUUUGCCAGUGGACAUUUACGUACCUGGUUGUCCUCCUUCUGCCGAAUCUCUGAUGUUCUCUAUACUGCAGUUGCAGAAGCGAAUCAAAUAUAUGCACACUCAACAGUCGUGGUACCGAAAAUGA